GAAACGCGUGCAUAUCAGCCGCUGGGACACAUACACGUCAACUUGCAAACAAAUAAAUAAUCCAAAAUAAAAAGUCGGAGGCAAAACAUUGAGCAAAAUGAGCGACAAAGCCGAGGAUACGCUGCAGAAGCUUCUGGGGGACCCGUCUCCGGGACAGGAACUGUCAACCAAGGAGGCCUACUUCGCGAGUCUGGCGGAAUGGGCGAAACAAGCUUCGAUUGCCCAGAACGCCAUGACCAUGUUUCCAUACUACCUGAUGGCCAACUACCCGCAGCUCUUCCAGGGUCAGACAUCCGCUAGUCACCCAGCCAGCUUGGGUCAACUGCCAGCAAGCCCGGCGAUUCCCGCCCAGGGGACUCCGUCACCCGUCGCUCCACCAACCGGGCCACCCCAGGCUCCUCCAGCUUUCAACCGAUUCCGUGUGCUCGACGAGGCACAACAAUUUGAUAUUAUCCAUCGCAUUGGCGGCUACGAGUACGUUGUGGCACCCUUUUGGAAACGUGCCGUGGCGGAGGCCAUCGACGUGUUUAUUCUUUUCAUUCUGAAGAUCAUCAUUACAUUCGGCGUUGUGAACCUUUUCGACUUGGAGUUUGACAAGGAGAUGAUGCGGCGCACCUUGGAUGAGGACGAUUUGUUUAUUAACUUCUUCGAUAUCUCGCUGGACUUCAUAACAAUGUCGUCCGACCUGCUGCUGAUUGAACUCCUCACAAAAAUAACCGUCUGCUGCUACGAAGCACUCUGGACGGUCUUCUACAACGGAGCCACGCCCGGAAAGUCAUUAAUGAAAAUUCGCAUACACUAUGUGGAGGCGGUGAUGCCGCUCCAGGCUCCAGCUCUGCCCCAAUUCGUGCUCCAGCCACAGCGUGAGCCGUUGCGAGCUCUGAUCUAUCCCGCCCAGACACCCACAUUGAUGCGGGCCUUUGCCCGGGCCCUAGCCAAAAACCUGGUCAUGACGUUGCUCUUCCCCAUAUGCGUGGUUAUGAUCUUCUUCAAGAACAACCGUACCGCGUACGACAUACUAACCAAGACAAUAGUGGUCGAAACUGAUUCCAAUGCCAUAUUCCGCACCCAUGCUCCACAUCAACGUCAACGCUAAAGCGCCGUAUAAAUCGGCUCGAGCCAAGUACGUGGAGAAUAUUUAUACGUUUAUACUCUUUUCUAUGCACAUAAGAUAGACGUUGUUGUUAAUAAAAAUCCGAUGUUAUGUA